UUCUGUGUUUGGCUGCGCUCGGCUUCCGUACGUCGGCGAGAGGCACGAGCGUGUGUGCUGAUCUGCGCAGCUCGGGUGACGUCUGUGUGCCGUCCCUAUAAUGGCUGCUGCAAUGGCGGAGCAAGAAGGCUCCAAAGGCAGCGCCCGGAACCGAGGAGGGGUACAGCGCGUAGAAGGGAAGCUGCGGGCCAGCGUGGAGAAGGGAGACUACUAUGAAGCCCACCAGAUGUACCGCACGUUAUUCUUCAGAUAUAUGUCCCAGAACAAACACACAGAAGCAAGAGAAUUAAUGUAUUCCGGAGCUUUGCUCUUUUUCAGCCAUGGUCAACAAAAUAGCGCUGCAGAUCUGUCUAUGCUUGUUCUGGAAUCGCUAGAAAAAUCAGAUGCUAAAGUGACAGAUGAAUUGUUAGAGCACUUGGCCAAAUUGUUCAGCUUGAUGGAUCAGAACUCUCCUGAACGAGUGGCUUUUGUGUCCCGAGCUCUCAAGUGGUCGACUGGAGGAUCAGGAAAAUUAGGUCACCCAAAGCUUCAUCAGUUACUGGCUAUAACACUAUGGAAAGAGCAAAACUACUAUGAAUCUCGUUACCACUUCCUGCACUCCUCUGAUGGGGAGGGCUGUGCAAAUAUGUUAGUAGAAUAUUCAUCCACCCGAGGCUAUCGCAGUGAGGUGGACAUGUUUGUGGCCCAGGCUGUCUUGCAAUUUCUUUGUUUAAAAAAUAAAACAAGCGCUUCAGUGGUGUUCACGACGUACACGGAGAAGCAUCCGUCAAUAGAGAAGGGUCCUCCAUUUGUACAGCCCCUUUUAAACUUCAUCUGGUUUCUACUACUGGCUGUAGAGGGUGGUAAAUUAACUGUAUUUACAGUAUUGUGUGAACAGUAUCAGCCGUCAUUAAAAAGAGAUCCCAUGUAUAAUGAGUAUUUGGACAGGAUAGGACAGAUUUUCUUUGGUGUUCCUCCUAAACAGUCGUCUUCCUAUGGAGGAUUAUUAGGUAACCUGUUAAAUAGUCUAAUGGGAGCCGGGGAUGAGGAUGAAGAUGUGGAAGAUGGGCAGGAUAACAGCAGUCCCAUUGAGCUAGAUUGAGCGAGAGAAAAAUAUUUGAUCAGGAGCUGCAUGAAUUAGAACAAUAAAAACAAAAAAAACUGGAGCCCAAAAGACUUCAUUCCAUGAUCCGAGUGUCUAAGGAGUCCUUUGUGAGCAGCUGUAUUGGGCUGUCCUCCUAUCCCGACGAUGGAAGAAUUAAGUGUUUGCUCUAAAUAAAUUAUGUCAGGGGGGGGUAGCUGAAUGGUGAAUAGAGUGAAUGUCAGCAAACGUACCCAGAUCUGCGAAAUAUAUAUAUAUUUUUUAUUCUUUCUAUGAAUGCCAAGCAAGCACAUGGUUUUCUUACAAUGUGACAGCCAAGCAGAUCAACCUAUCACAUCCCAGUGUCGUCCUCCUUGUCACCCCUCCCAUAGCUUAACGUCACGGCCAAACCCCAAGUGUUACCAUGACAACAAGAAUUAUCACAGAUGAUCAAGAUUUGGGACUGGACCCCCCCCCCCUUUCCUUCCCCCCCCCCCCCCCCCCCCCCAAUCAUGUGAUUGUCUUGUUUGUUAGCGGCACAGCCAUUAUAAACACCUCUUUAUUUAAUUACGGUGGACUUUCUUUUAAUAUGCAAUAUUUAUUACCGAUUUACAGUGAUUUUGUACAUUUCCUCCUUACAGUACAAGACUGGGAUGUCACGUUGGCACCGAAACUGUAAUUUUUAUUUAUAAAGGCAGAGUAGGGUGGGUAUCGGUGAAACAGGCAAAUGCAGUGCUAUGGAAUAAAUCAUACAAUGUAUCUGA